AUGGCAGUACAACUGAUGGUCAUGAUCACGCUUUUGCCAAUCAUGUACCAAAAGAUUCCUUCACAAAUCACCGCUCCCAAUCAUGAUCAUCACGCUAAUGUGAAACUUGUCACAGAUGAGCCCCCUGCACAGAUCCCCAUACCCGGUGCUGAAGAAUUGCAAGCCUAUCAAGAAAUACUUGACGCGCAAAUUCCAGCACGCAAGAAAUCCAAACGCAAAAUGUCAACAAAGGACAACUUGAUCGCAGAAGAGCGCGCCUUGGACAGUUCGUCUUCUGACGACGCUCCGACUGGUUCAACUUCGACCAAAGGUCAAGGUGCCACUCGUGCUUUAGAUGAUCUCCCUACUCCCCUGCCUUAUGUAUCUCCAGCCCACGCCAAAAAUCCAGCACGCAAGAUAUCCCAACGCAAAUCGUCAAAAAAGUACGACUUAACCGCAGAAGAGCGCGCCUUGGACAGUUCUUCUUCUGACGACGCUCCGACUGGUUCGACUUCGACCAAAGUUUGA